AUGAGUGAUUAGUUCUUUAUAAAGCCAUUUGUUGAAGCAGGGUAUCUUCAAAACCUUUUCAGCUCUUGGGAGAGACCAGCUCUUGCAUUGCUAGAUAUUGGAACCAGUGCUACUAACUAUUGGAUUUCAAUUCCUUAUGAGAAUAAAAUGGCUAUGUAAGGCAGCUUAAAUGUUUAUGCCUAAGAUUAUUCAAGUCUUGGUAGAGACUCGAUGGGAAAAUCAGCCUUAAACAAAAUGCCUAUGGCUCAAGUUUUAAUAUCAAAGACAAGCAUUUUAGAAGUACUUAUGAUGAUAUUCCCACUUGUUGAUUCAAUUACAGCAUUCUUAGGAAUUUUUACUAACCUCUUUAGUGCAUUCAUAGUUCUGAGAGAUCCUAGCCAAUGGGGUGUUGACGCUCAAACUGACAAAGUUCUUGAAAUUAUCUUGAAGGUCUGUCACCAUACGAAUACUUUCGCUGUUGGAGCAAUGUUUUUGGAUCUAGUUGCUAUGAGUAUACUAUAACUACCAUCAAUUUCAACCGUGGCAAGCAUAUGGAUGAAACUAGGACCAAGAAUAGUUGCUCAUUUAGCUUCAGGAGUUGUCCCAAAUUAUUUGACUCUCGAUCAUUAUUUGCUAAAGUUGAUUUGA